GAUGACGUCAGUCACGUGACCGGCACACAAGCAACAUGGCGGCUGCAGCUCUACUAAGAGGAAACCUUAGCCGGGUGCUAAGAGCCUGUGGCCGGCCCGGGGCCCUCGUGUCGGCGCGGAGCCCUGGCGGCUAUAUCCACAGAUGCCAACAAUCUACCUGGCAUUCAUUGUCCUUCUCCAGAAACAGUCUUUGUUCCCUCAGUGCCACAGCCUUCCGGAGAUACAGCACACAGACUGUAGAGAGCAAGGAGGAGGAAACACAGACUGUAGAGAGCAAGGAGGAGGAAACACCUGUACAUACCAUCAUUUCUGACACUGAGAGCGUUCAAGGUUCUGCCUCUAAACACGAGUUUCAGGCUGAGACUAAGAAACUGUUGGACAUUGUUGCACGCUCUUUAUACUCUGAAAAAGAGGUCUUCAUCCGGGAACUGAUCUCAAAUGCCAGUGAUGCUCUUGAAAAACUCCGUCACAAGUGCCUUUCCCAAGGGAAUGGCUUGUCAGAGAUGGAGAUUCACAUACAGACAGACAGUGAUAAGGGGAUCAUCACUAUCCAGGACACUGGAGUGGGGAUGACACAGGAGGAGCUGGUCUCAAACCUGGGAACUAUUGCACGUUCUGGAUCUAAGGCCUUUUUGGAGACUCUGCAGAAUCAGGCUGACAGUUCUGGAAAUAUUAUUGGCCAGUUUGGUGUUGGUUUCUAUUCUGCAUUUAUGGUUGCGGAUAAGGUUGUCGUUUACUCGCAGUCUUCAGAGCCUGGAAGUGCUGGGUAUUGCUGGACAUCCGAUGGGUCUGGGGUGUUUGAGCUGGCAGAGGCCAGUGGAGUGAGGCCAGGAACAAAGGUUGUCAUCCAUCUGAAGGACGACUGUAAGGAGUUUGCCACUGAGGACAGAGUGAAAGAGGUGGUCACAAAAUACAGCAACUUUGUCAGCUUCCCCCUUUACCUGAACGGAAAGAGGAGUAAUACCUUACAGGCUCUGUGGAUGAUGGAUCCUAAAGAGAUUGGAGAGUUUCAGCAUGAGGAAUUUUACCGUUUUAUUGCCCAAGCUUAUGACAAGCCACGCUACACGCUCCACUACAAAACAGACGCACCUCUCAACAUCCGCAGCAUUUUCUAUGUACCAGAGAUGAAACCUUCCAUGUUUGAUGUGAGUAGGGAGCUGGGAUCCAGCGUGGCUCUGUACAGCAGAAAAGUCCUCAUCCAGACCAAAGCCACAGACAUUCUACCCAAGUGGUUGCGCUUCCUACGAGGAGUUGUGGACAGUGAGGAUAUACCUCUGAAUCUGAGCCGGGAGCUGUUGCAGGAGAGUGCUCUCAUUAGAAAACUGCGUGACGUGCUACAGAAACGGCUGAUCAAAUUCUUCCUGGACCAGUGUAAGAAGGACCCUGAAAAAUACAGCAAGUUCUUUGAGGAGUAUGGGCUGUUUAUACGGGAAGGGAUUGUUACCACCGCAGAACAGGAUGUUAAGGAGGAUAUUGGCAGGUUGCUACGGUUUGAGUCCUCAGCUCUGCCCGCAGGUCAGCAGACAAGCCUAACUGACUACUGCAGCCGCAUGCAAGCGGGAACCCGCAACAUCUACUAUCUGUGUGCACCCAACCGCCACCUUGCUGAGCACAGUCCCUACUUUGAAGCCAUGAAGAAGAAACAGACAGAGGUUUUGUACUGCUUUGAGCAGUUUGAUGAACUGACUCUUCUGCAUUUGAGAGAGUUUGAUAUGAAAAAGCUAAUUUCAGUGGAGACAGACAUUGUGGUGGAUCAUUAUAAGGAGGAAAAGUUUGAGGACAGCACAGAAGCUUCUGACAAAAUGUCUGAGAAAGAAGCAGAAGAUUUGAUGGCUUGGAUGAGGAAUGGCUUAGGGAUACGAGUGGCCAAUAUUAAGGUUACACCACGUCUUGACACCCACCCGGCUAUGAUUACUGUACUGGAGAUGGGGGCUGCUCGACACUUCCUGCGCACUCAGCAACUAGCUAAAACGAACGAGGAGCGAGCACAGCUUUUGCAGCCUACACUGGAAAUAAACCCUGGGCAUCCUUUAAUUAAGAAGUUGGGACAGCUGAAAGACACAGACGUGGAUCUGGCAAAAUUACUUAUGGAUCAGAUCUACGAGAACGCAAUGAUUGCAGCCGGACUUAAUGACGACCCCCGACCCAUGGUGUUGCGUCUAAACGAGUUAUUAACAAAAGCAUUGGAGAAACACUGAUCCCUCCUCCUGUCCUUCCAAUAAUAUCUCACUUCAGCCUCCAGUGACUGUGCAGUCAUUCAGUCCACUAGAUUUCAAGAUGCCGCUGUUAUUUCUUUACAGUCCACAUGUUUCCUAUGGAAAGAGACUUUUGAAGACACACAAAGCUUAUCACAGAAUGUCAGUCUAUGUAGUAAGAAUAACACUACUGUCUUGAGGAGAACUGUCUGUGAUGAGCAGUGUAGCUAUGAGGUGUAAUGUUUAAAGCGGAACUAAACUCGCCAAUAUGAGCCUGCCCUGUAUGAAAGAUGACCUUAACAUGCAUUUCAAAGCCACCGAUUGAGUAAUUAAAAAUAUCACAUUGUG